CUGAAACACAAAAUUAAACAAUGGCAGCUUUGCAGAAUUCACUGCCUUCUCUUCAUCAUACAUUGUUCCUUAAUGCUUUUCCUCAGAAAGGAUUGCAGAAGCAUCAUCAUACUGCAUUUCUUUGCUGCAAAAGAGGUGUUUCUGUUCGUGUAAAGGCUGAGCAGUCAUCAUCAGCUGCUGCUUCUUCCAGCUCUUCUCACUUUCAAGAUAGUUGUGGGAGACGCCAAAUGAUUGCUGCUGGCAUCACUGCUCCUUUGGUUUCAAUUGUUGACCGAACUUCUAUUACAUUUGCUGCAGAAACUAAAAAGGGAUUUCUCCCAGUCACAGACAAGAAAGAUGGGUACUCAUUUCUUUAUCCAUUUGGCUGGCAGGAAGUAGUUAUUGAAGGUCAAGACAAGGUAUUCAAAGAUGUUAUUGAGCCAUUAGAAAGUGUCAGCGUGAAUAUGAUACCAACCAACAAACAAGACAUUCGAGACUUCGGUUCUCCACAAGAGGUAGCUGAAACUCUAAUCAAGAAAGUUUUGGCUCCUCCAACUCAGAAAACAAAGCUAAUCGAGGCAGCAGAGCAUGAUGUAGAUGGAAAAGUUUAUUAUACAUUUGAGUUUCUUACCCUGGCUCCAAACUACACUCGACAUGCUCUUACUGCUGUUUCUAUUGGAAAUGGUAAAUUCUACACUUUGACAACUGGGGCGAAUGAGAGAAGGUGGAGCAAGAUGAAAGACAGAUUGCUCACUGUCAUAGACUCCUUUAAGAUAUUCAAUGUUUGAAAUCAGUUGUUCAAACUUUCAUCAUCAAAUUGGGAAAAAAAAAAACUUACUUCUUGAUUGUGAGCAUCGGCUACUGCCAGAUCUGGCCGCCGCCGGCCACAUCUUCCAAUCUUUUCUUUGGCCGAUAUUGCUAGUAGCAUUCUUCAUGGAUGUUCAGCCUAUGAAAUAUGGAAGGAUCUUGAGGAACGUUUCAAACGGCAGAAUGCUCCCAUAAUUUUUGAAUUGAACCCCGAUAUUGCCAGCAAAUUGAAAUCUCUUUGAGAUGAAUUGUCAAAUCUUUCUUCAAUUUCUCAUCGCUCUUGUGAUGCA